AUGGAUCCUCUGGGCAGCGGAUAUGGGCAGUCUGCUCUGUUCAACAUCAAUGGGCUGCUCGAUGUCUGGCACACUAAUCGAACUCCCAUUAUUCUUUUUGCACUUUGCGGCCUUCUUGUGCUUCGCCUUUACCUCCACGUAUACGAAGAGAAGUCGGACCUGAAAACCAUUCCCAAAAUCUACGAAAAGGCGAAUCCCCAAAAUUCAGAUACCGUGCUCCCGCGACAAGUACAAGAAAAGACUCUCGUCAAAGCCGCCGGUCCGCGCAGGAUCAAAGGCGGCGUGGCCAAAAAGUCCGAGACAAGCGAAGAACCAGUCGAUCUGAACAAACCGGUCAAGGUUCUUGUCUUCUUCUCCUCCAUUACCACAAAGACGGAAAAAAUUGGCCGAGAUUUCAUUGCAAGGCUGGAGAAGUCUGUCACGCAGAUUGCCGCCGAAACCAAGCGCCCAGUUCUUGCGCCAGAGCUUCUCGACCUGACCGAGAUUGAUUUUGACGACUACUUUAUCGCACCCCCAACGAGCGAUGUCGGGGCGCAAUUCCUCUACCUAUUCCUCAUACCGAGCUACAACAUCGACUCUAUCAAUGACACAUUCCUUGAGCAUCUUCAAGAGACGCAUCACGACUUUCGAAUUGACACGGCACCUCUCUCGCCACUUCUGGGGUACUCUGUGUUUGGAUUUGGUGAUCGCGAAGGCUGGCCUGAUGAGGCAGAAGGCUACUGCUUCCAGGCCAAGGAGUUGGACAAAUGGAUGGCAAAGCUGACUGCGCGCAAGAGAGCCUACCCCGUUGGCAUGGGUGAUAUGAAGAGUGACCAUGCUGAGCGCUUCAUCGAAUGGACAAGCGGUGUUGAAGAAGUCUUUGACCACGUCAUCCGCACUGGGCACCUAGGCCAAGGUGUACCUGGUAGUGGCGCGGCCGUGGAAAGCGAUGAUGAGAUAGAAGAAGACUACGAUGAUGGUGAGGUGGUUUUUGACGAGGAGAACCCCCCAAAACGUGAAAAUGGCAAGACGUCUAGCAGCCUUGACGACGUGGAAGAUCUGGGACGCGUGAUCAAGUCUCAAGCUGGUGAUGCCAACCCCAAAGCCCCCAUUGCUGUUGAUUUUACCACAUACAACUCCAAAGGCAAUGCUCAAAGCAAGGUCAAGGAAAUGGUCGCCAAGAACUCCCCUACUUAUGCUGCCCUCACAAAGCAAGGCUAUGCUAUUGUUGGAUCGCAUUCCGGAGUCAAAAUUUGUCGGUGGACCAAAUCGGCUCUACGUGGCCGAGGCAGCUGCUAUAAAUACUCCCUAUACGGUAUCAACUCUCACCAGUGCAUGGAGACAACGCCAUCACUCUCGUGCUCCAACAAGUGCGUAUUUUGCUGGCGUCACGGCACCAACCCCGUUGGUACUACUUGGCGCUGGGUAGUUGACCCGCCCGAGCUGAUCUUUGACGGUGUCAAGGAAAACCACUACAAGAAGAUUAAAAUGCUGCGUGGUGUGCCAGGUGUUCGUGCGGAGCGUUUUGCGGAAGCCCUCAAGAUCCGUCACUGUGCGCUCUCCCUGGUCGGAGAGCCCAUAUUUUACCCCUACAUCAAUGAAUUCCUCGGCAUGCUGCACAAGGAGCGCAUUUCCUCCUUCCUGGUGUGUAACGCACAACAUCCAGACGAGCUGGCCAACCUCAAGGCUGUGACACAGCUCUACGUCUCCAUUGACGCGUCCAACAAGGACUCGCUGCGGAAGAUUGACCGCCCCUUGCACCGUGACUUUUGGGAGCGCUUCAACCGCUGCCUGGAUAUUCUCCGCGAGAAGCGCUUCCGGCACCGCACCGUCUUCCGCCUAACCCUCGUCAAGGGGUUCAACGUCGAGGACGAGGCGGCGGGCUACGCUAGGCUCAUCGAGCAGGGACUGCCCUGCUUCGUUGAGAUCAAGGGUGUCACGUACUGCGGCACGUCGACAUCUUCCAAUGCCGGACUCACCAUGUCCAACGUGCCGUUCUACUGGGAGGUCUGCGACUUCGUGCGCGCGCUGGACAAGCGCCUCCAGGAAAAGGGCCUCGCGUACGGCAUCGCUGCCGAGCACGCCCACAGCUGCUGCGUCCUGCUUGCCAGUGAGCGCUUCCACGUCAACGGCAAGUGGCACACCCACAUUGACUAUGACCGCUUUUUUGAGCUUCUAGAGGAGCGCGGCCCCGACGGCGACUGGACGCCCGAGGACUACAUGGGCCCGCCGACGCCAGAGUGGGCGCUCUGGGGCAAUGGAGGAUUCGACCCUCGUGAUGAGCGUGUUGAUCGCAAGGGAAGAAAGAAGGAAGCAAUUGUCAUCCGCGAGGCCCCCGAGUAA